GCAGAGCAGUCAGGAAGAGCCUUUCCUGUUUCAUAAGGAGAAGCAGCGAUGUUGCCCACUUUGUCCUCAGUUCGUAGUUGAUCACUUUCUUUUCUGUGCGAGGGCAGACAAAAACAAAAACUUUCACUUUGAAACAUUUAGCUUUCAGAUUUCAUCAGGAUCUUUUCAUCCAUGACAAACGUGUCUCAGACAAUGGAGACAGAGGAGGACCUCCUCACUUUACUCCACAUCAAGUUUUACCACCCACAGCAACACUGUAAAGGUUUUUACGGCUUGCUUCCCUUGGGGACCAGGAGCAGACACUCUGCCGAUGAUCCUCUCAGGCUGGGCCGCGACGCCCAGGCCUGCACCUACUCCUUGGCUGACCCCAAGGUGUCCCGCAAACAGCUGGCCCUAAGCGCCUAUCGUACACCCCAGAGCCCGGACAUGCUGUUCUCCAUCCAGAACCUGAGCCAGAGAGGGCAACUGUCAGUGAAUGGAUCGUCGCUGGGUUACCUGGAGAGAAUGGACCUUCCAGACAAGGCUCUGAUCCGGUUCUUAGAGUAUGAGAUGCUCAUCGUUCGGGAGUCUGGAGAGGCAAAGACCAGUUUUGAGGUGGACAUGGAGGUGCUGACAGUGCCUCCCUCCAGGGAGACAUGCACCUGUGUGCCUGGAAGGGCAUCAGUCAUGGACACGGGUAUGGUGGACCAAAACACAGCUGGGUUAAGAGAACUUGGACCUCUGGAAACUGAUGAGACACUCAUCUAUUACAAAUGAUCAACAGACUGAGCCGGACAAAGCAUCAAGGCAUUGCUGUCCAUUUGUUACAGUAAAGUUGAAUUAGGUAAUGAUAUUCAUAAUCUAUUGUGAAAUCAUUAAAUCCUUUUAUACUUUGACUUUUGCAAAUAGAUAAAAUACAGCUGGACCCUUAAAUGUCUGCUUUCAUUUUUGUAAAUAUGAAUAUUGUGGUGUUUCAAUGUCAUUUACUUCUGAAUCAUAGGUUUAAGCAAUAAACUACUUUUUUACAGCA